GGGUUCCACCGUGCUGUUUGCGCCAUAAAACCCUCGCGUGUCGACUGUUCACGGUACUCCACAACAAGGACAAUAUGACCACCCUUACCCCCAAGGACAAGAGCACCGUCAGGGCCUUCUGGGCCAAAGUGGCUCCGAAGUGUGAAGACAUCGGCAAAGAGGUCGUGGCCAGGAUGCUGAUCGUGUACCCACAGACCAAGACCUACUUCGCCCACUGGAAGGACCUGAGCCCCAACUCUGCCCCGGUGAAGAAGCACGGAAUGACCGUGAUGGGUGGAGUCGGUGACGCUAUCGGCAAAAUUGACAGCCUGCCCGAGGGUCUCCUGAACCUCAGCGAGCUGCACGCCUUCACUCUGCGUAUCGACCCUGCGAACUUCAAGAUCAUCUCCCAGAUCAUCCAGGUGGUCCUGGCCAUCACCUUCCCCACCGAAUUCACCCCUGAGGUCCAUGUGUGCUUCGACAAGUUCCUGUCCUUCCUGGCAAGGUCUCUGGCUGAGAAAUACCGAUAAACAGCGGAACGAAAAUGAGGAACAUGAACGUGGUUCCCCCUGUAUGUGAUCAAUAAAAGUAUCAAUGCAGGAAAAAAAAA